AGAAGAAUUCCGCCAAACCGUUCCUUGGCGGACACCAUACCCGUACAAGAAACAAACAAGGAUCAACUUACUUCUUUCCCAGGAACUAUACUAGCUGUAGAGGCUCUGGUGUAGACUUUCACGUUCACAGUCUGUGAGAGAUUGCAGCCGGAUGAUAUUGAAUAGAAAUGGAUGCUGAAAAAGUUGUCGCGCAUCCUUUCUGUCAGAAGACAAGUGACAGUGCAGUCCAACUCGACGUUUUGCCUAGAGAUGCGUUGGAUGUUAUUUUGAGUUUUCUGGAACUCGACAGCUACGUGAUACUUCGUCCCCUAAGCAAGCAACUUCGCGAAAGUGUACGCAAUGCCUCGCAUCUCCGUUUUCCGGAAAGCGAUGUGUUGAACGGUGGCUUUCGCAAACGCUUUGUUAACUUUUCCAGCUAUCGACCCAGCUCGACGAGCCUUACCAAGCUUUUGCACAGUUUUGCCAGCCUAACAGAGUUACACCUGAACACCGUUCACGUUUUGGGAGACGACUUGGUUGCGGUACUCAACGCCGCGCCGGCAGCUCUUACGAUAGAAACCAUGUCUAUUGCCGACCCCAAUCUUACUUACUGGUGUACAGAUCCGUUGGCUUUUCCUCGACUACGUAACUUGCGCUUUGCCCGCGGGUCAAUACGGUCCAGCCUUUCACUGUUGUUGCGCGAGACGAGAAACCUCAAAUGCCUCAUCUUCGAACACUGCUGUCCUAUUCGAGACGAUCAAGUACGGGCGGUAGCGAGUCUAUUGGGAGAUUCUUUGGUGGACCUCAAGCUCCUACAAUGUUUACGGCUUCAAUCCCCAGUACUUCGUUUCUCCAAGCUCACGCGAUUGAGCUUAAUGGGCUGCUAUCACUUGGAGAAGCUUCCCGAAUUUGCUUGUCCUGCUCUACGUUAUCUAAACCUAAGCUUUAUCUUUCGUCUUACUUCGGCGCAAGUUCAAACCGUAUUGGCGAGCCUACCGUGUCUGCGGGAGCUUAUCAUGACCAAAUGUCCAAGCCUAUCCAACUUGAGCGUCGUAUCCUCCUCCUUGGAGAUUUUGGACGUGCAGUUCUGCAACAACCUGCACGCCCUCCGUUUAAGAUGUCCCCGGUUGCGGCAACUGGAUACGCACGGCUGCGACGGAAUUCAAACGUUGAUUGUCGCGACCAAGGCGUUGGAGAAUCUGAGUGUCGCGGGGUUGCCCGUACGGCGCUUGGAAAUCUACGCCCCGUUUUUGCAAACUCUGAAUGUGUCUGGUUGUCGCCGUCUCGAUCACUGUGUAAUUCGCUGCUCCCGACUCGAAACGGUGCACUAUCACGGCAGUCGUCUCGUGGCCUUGCGAUUCUGCAAAGAAGUCCGUAAGGUGAUUCUGACCCGUUGGUCCAGGUCUCCGGUGGUACCGCUUCGGUUGCCGCCAACGCUCCCGUAG